UCGAGGCAGACAUUUUUCAAUGCAAGAUUUUUUUCUUGCAUAAAUUAUGUUCAUGACGUAGUGCAAAAGGACAAUUUUGGGGCAAUUUUGUCCGACUUUACAGCUCUGGGGGGAUUCCUUGAGACACCUGGAGGAUUUCUGAUGGUGUGAACUGUUGCAGAAAGGGCACCGUCAUUAAAUAUUAAGGCAGAGGAGAUCCUAACAUUGCAGCCCUCCUUAUCAAUGCAAAUAGCUCUCUUUUGUGUGCAGUCACAGCGCCUGUCUGGGAGCUGAGAUGAAUUUCUAAUGAUGGGUGACUGAAACAAACUGUGACAGGGAGCAUUUUAAGAGCGGCGGAUUACGGGAAAUAAGCUGCAUUUCCGCGGAUGCCUGCAAGACAUUAUCUAAGUUGGUGCAGCAAGCCAUGAACUCCCAGGAUCUUCCUGCCCAAGAUGCCCCGCUCACUGUCAAUGAGCAGGUUAUUGUUAUGUCCGGUCAGGAGACAAUUCGUGUACUAGAAGUCGAGGUUGACGCAUCUCUGCCAUCUUCGGUACCGGAUGGGAAGAAUGAGAGCAAAAUUGCUGAGGAGGAAAUGGCUCAGUGUGCAGAGAAAGCUGAAGCUGCCAGCACCCAGAGCAGCCCCACAGCGCCCCACAGCACUGGGGACGCAGAGAUCGGAGAGCAGCAGGGAGCGUCUGCUGAUGCAUCGGCUGCUGCUGUCCAAACAGUGAAUCCUGCAGUUCCGCUCAGCGUUUCCAUUGCCCAACCCCAGGCCACCAUGCCCAUUACAGUACAAGGUUGUCCACAGGUUCUGACCCAGGAAAGCCUGGCCACUUUGAUGACUGGUAUGAUGGCUCAGACGGGUUCACUGGGUCAACCUCUGCUUAUCCCCCUCAACAUGGCCGGUUCCAUGGCCGGCCAGGGCGGAUUAGCGGUUCUCACUCUGCCAACCACCAGCGUAGCCACUCUCCCUGGCCUCACAGCCGCAAACCCAGCUGGGAACCUCCUCAAGCUGCCCUUUGCUGGCCUACAGGCUGCAACAGUUCUGAACUCAGUCCAGCAGCCCCAGCUGCAGGCGAACACACAGGCAAUGUUCCAGCCUCAAGCAGCGCCGGUGCAGACGUCUGUGCAGCAGGUGCCUCCUCAGCAAACUCAAGUCACCAACGCACAGGUCACUUCCGCCCAGGUGACAGCCGCCCAGGUGACCUCUGUGGCCAACGCCAUCUCCCAACCCAACAUUUCUGUGGCAGCACUUCAGACAGCAGGACUGUCCAUCAACCCAGCCAUUAUAAGUGCUGCUUCUUUGGGUGCACAGCCUCAUUUCCUCAGUUCUCUCACAUCAACCCCCAUCAUCAACAGCCCCAUGCCCAGUAUGGCUGGCAUCACCAGCCAGAUCAUCACAAACGCCCAGGGUCAGGUGAUAGGAACUCUCCCGCUGCUGUUGAACCCAGCGUCUCUGGCUGGAGGGACCGCAGCUCCCUCUCUGCCCCUGCAGGGUCUGCAGGUCCAGACCAUCGCCCCACAGCUGCUCCUCAACACCCAGGGCCAAAUUAUCGCAACUGUGGGAAACGGACCUGCUGCCGUUGCAACUUCUGCUGCAGUUCUGCCCAAAACUACAGCUCCUACUACAGUUAACAAACCAAACGCUCAGCCGUCUGCACUGAAGAACUCGACCGCACUCACCUCAGCAGCACCCAUCGCCUGUGGAGACAUGGCCAAAGUGGGGCAGCUUGUCAGCAAGCCUCAGCAGGGAGUCAGCAGCGAGGAAGGGAUUAAUUUGGAGGAAAUCCGAGAGUUUGCCAAGAACUUCAAGAUCCGUCGGCUGUCGCUGGGCCUCACGCAGACACAAGUCGGGCAGGCCCUCACUGCGACGGAGGGUCCGGCGUACAGCCAGUCUGCCAUUUGCAGGUUUGAAAAGCUUGACAUCACCCCCAAGAGCGCUCAGAAGCUAAAACCGGUUUUAGAGAAGUGGCUGGCUGAGGCCGAGCACUGGAACCAGAAAGGCCAGCAGAACCUAAUGGAGUUCGUUGGCGGCGAACCGUCCAAAAAGCGCAAACGCCGCACCAGUUUUACGCCGCAGGCGAUCGAGGUCCUUAACUCCUACUUUGAGAAGAACGCUCUGCCUACAGGGCAGGAGAUUACAGAGAUUGCAAGAGAACUGAAUUAUGACAGAGAGGUGGUCCGGGUCUGGUUCUGCAACAGACGACAGACACUGAAGAACACAAGCAAGAUCAACGUCUUCCAGGUUUAGGAGCAACCUCAUUCUCAUCCUCAUUAGGGUGGGUGGAAAAUUGAAUUAGUUUUUUUUUUUUUUUUUAAAUCAAGAACAUUGUAAAGUUGUGUAUGAAAAACGAGUUAGAACUGUGUUCUCAAGUUGUGUAUGUAAACACAGUUGGUGCAUACUCAGUUACACUGCAUGGUCCUUUUGUUUUACAGUUUUACACUGCAAAACCCCACCAAGUAAUUUUAGUCUAGUUUCUGAUGCAAAUGUAUCAGUACAUUUAAUAAGACAAAAUAACUUUUCAGCUAGACAUACAAGGUUUUACUUGUACAUUGGCAGAUUAUUUCACUUAUAACACAACAAUUUUUCAUGUUAUGCCUGAAAUAAUCUAAUGGAACAAAGGAAAGAAUUUAUUGACUUAAAACAAUAAAUCUUAUUUUAAGUUCACACUUGUGCUUGAAACUGGACCAAAAAUACUUUGGUGUCAAGAUUUUGUGUUUUUGCAGUGUAACAUGCCAUAUUUAAGAAACUUGAGCUACCUUUUUUUAAUAAGUGGUUUUAUAAGCUAACCCUUCUCAUAUAUUUUAAGUUUCUGUACAGUAUCUGUUUUGUUCUUUUAUAUAUUAUUCUCUCAUUAGCAUAUUUGAAAAAUAUGCAGAAUAAUAGGACAGUUUUAGCUGGUCGUUUUCCUGGAGGUUCAUCAGACUCUGAAAAGGCAAUAACCUUAUUUUCAGUUUUAAGUGUUUACAGAACACCAGUUACUUUAAUUCUGCCCAGCGCUUUGGGACAAUCACCUCUUUGAUAGAUAAUCAGAAAUGAGCUCGUUCUUUCUCAUUUGGUCAAACCGCGUGAACUCAGUCACAAUCUCAGCUUUGAUUACAUUGGACUGCAGACACACCAGGUUUGUUGGAAACUAAAACUGUGGGUGUCUCUUUUUCAUGUGUCAUGGCUGAAUGUGUGACUUUGGUGACUAUGAUACAUGAACACACCAAUCUGUCUUUUGAACUUUAUUUUUAAAUGCUUGUUUUGUUCAAAGGACAUUUUGCCUCAUUACCUAAUAUCUGUAAGUAAAAACUUAGGAAUAUAUUUAUUGGCAUCUCUGGCAAAGAUGUGUCAAAAAGCCCUAAAAUAAAUUAAUCUUUCUUCGGAGUUCAGUGGAGAAAAACAUUAUUAGUUAUUCUUUGGCUCACUUCAAGUGUUUGUGGUGAAAAGAUAAUUCUGUGCAUCUUUUUACCAAAACAUUUUUAUGUUUGUAA